GAAAUUAAAAGUGUUAGCAGUAUCGACUCAAUUAUAAACAGCAAUUACAGUGAUAUCUCAGAAAAUAUAGAAAGGGAUCAAAAUGAUACUAUUAUAGCACCUUUUCAGGAAAGCAAUGAAAGUUCCUCAGGGAUGACACUACCAUUAGUAAUGUAUGGACCACUAUCAGGAACUACCACAUCUCAACUACCAUCUAAUAUACCAUUGUAUGUACAACUACGACAACUAUAUCUAAGAGAUAGGAGGCAAUAUGACAAAGAAGAAAAUGAUACAUAUGCCUCUGAUUAUGAACAAAAUAUUCUAUUUGAAUAUGUUAAUGACGAUGAUAAAACAUUACAGGGAAUAUCUUUCUUUAAUAAUGCAAAUGAACUAGAGAGAGGAAGAACCCCAAGUAGAAUACCUCGAAGAGUUACAUUUAAUACAACCUCAAUAUUAUCCAGUAAUCACUCGUCAAGGCCAUCAAAUUUAAGGGUAACAACUCCAUCAGUAGGAAAUACAAAUAGUGGAUCAUCAUUAGGAAAUCCCUACAAUUUUUCCCAAGCAACUCAAUAUAGUCCCGUUGGCUUUGAAAGUAACUCAAGUAAUAGAGGAAAUAAUACAAUAGGACAUCAAAAUGUAACUACCAAAGGAACCCCACAGUCAACAACAUCAGUACCUAGCAGUCAACCAUCAAAUAAUAUAAACACCUCUCAGCCAAUACUUACACCUCAACUAGCUAUAGUACCAGUAGGAGGAAACAAUAACAAUGCCUACCUCCAAGUCAUACAAGGGCUAACAGGAUGGCUUCAAGGACAAUAA